AGAAUUUGCAUAAAACCUUCUCAACAUCCUACUGAUUCUUGUUUCAUUCCUCCCUUUCUUCCCACUCAAGAACACAAAUUAAUUUUCUUUCUUUCUUUUUUUUUUUUUUAAUUUUCCUGCCCAAUUGAUACAAACCCUUGAGCCAAUUUAUCAGAAAUAGUUAAAACCUUUAAGUCCGGAAAAUUCAAGAGAAAUGUCACAACCUAAUUAUGAUGUGUACCCUCAUCCUGUCAUGACCACACAGCCUGAUUCUUCCCACUCCGACGGCUCAUUUGGGCCGGUUUUCGCAGUCUUGGCCGUGAUCGUGGUGGUGUCAACGGUGGCUUGCGUGCUCGGACGGCUGUGCAGCAGGCGGCACCACCGCGGAAAGGAGGCAGCCCACAAACCCCCCAAGGCCAGCAAGCAGAGCCAAGGACUAGGCCCUAAAGAGUGGCAAAAACCAAACUUCAAUAUGAGAGAUGGAGACAUAGAAUUCGGAUUCGACAAGAGAAACCCUUCUGGCAAAGGGCCUAAAAAUGGAGGAAAGGGAAAACCACCGCAUCAUCAAAACGGUGCACAUAAACCGGAAGUCAGAUUUUCAGACAACGUUUGAUGGUGGUUUGCAUGCAUGGUGCGUGGAGAUGGAGGUAUACGUUUGAGUAGUAUUCUAGUAGUUUUUAUUGGUCGAGUUCUUGAAUUUUCUGUUAUUACCUAAGUCCUAUGGUUAGAUUUUCUUUGUAGCAUUUUGUGGAAGUCAAGGAGCACUCAUCUGCAAAUGUAAUAUGGUAUAAAUGGGAUUUUCAAGGGAUUAAU